AUGGUGUCGUGCCUUGAGGGGAGAAGGCUUGCUUCCUCCGAACAAUUUGUUACUUCUUUUUUUCAAACUUACCCAUCCAUCUCUAAGCUCGUCAACCUGGCUCCUGAUCCUAAUCAAGACCAGUUCAAAGCUUUCCGUGAGCCUUUCUUGAUGGAUGCUCGUCGCCCUUCUCCGAAUCAGCUCCGAACCCAGCUGGGAGCAAAGAGAAGGGGCCUUGGUCCCCAGUCGACUCGAGCAAGAGGCUCAGAUCCCACUUCGACAGAAUAUAGAGGCCCACCUCCCCAACAAACCAAUAGAAACACAUCCUUUGAUGGGGCACUCGGCCGUCCUGCCGAAAGCCCACAACCAUAUAAUCGACGUAAGCCGUCUGCCUUACAGGAAAAUUUUCAUUAUAAACCCGCGUGUGGAUCAUCACUUCCGAACAGGACAUCAGAGUUGCGGCUGCGAAAGCCGCCGUGCGAUGAGAACGCUGUCAGGCCCAAGGAACCCUCGUACUACCCUCAAAAUGAGCGGGCUUCAGACCCGAGAAUGAAUAGUGCACGUCCAAGAGUCCAACAACCUCCCUCGCGCGAUACCAAGGCUCGAAGAUCUUCGCAAGCGCAAUACGGGGCAGAGGAUUCUCAAGCCGGUCUCAAACUGGUACCCUCAACCGACUACCCAGUUGAAGGAAAUAAUUUUCGGAAAUCCGAGGAAAACUUUGGCGGCGAAGAUCACUCUCGUAUCCACUCAAGGUCAGAUUCUGAUAGCAGCAAUGAAUACGAGUACUCGCCAUCCAGGGACUCGCGUGCUGGUGAUACUGCCAGUGCUAGUAGAAUUAUCCACCCUGGGGCGAUAAAUACUUUCAAUCAAUUGACCGCUCCUGCUGCAAGGAUACCUACCGCAGACCGAAGCAGCCUCGUGUCGCUCGUUACUGAUUUUCCAAUUGAUCAAUUGGAGAAUGAUACUGAUAUCGAACCAAGGAUGGCAGAUACGGGAGGUAACAAAAGCCCUGCAGUCUCAGAGGACCAUCGCGAAACAAAAAUAUCCAAGCGAAGCGUUCCAUUUUCCAAGUCAGGUGUAAGGAAGAGGCAGUUUAUUUCUCCACCAAGCUCGUACCUAGCGCCUUCUUCUUCAAAAACCCAAGAAGAAGCGGCCAGUAUCAAUGAUUUGCUAAGCGUGGUAGGAGAAAAAAACAGGACUCUUGUGGAAGACUUGGAUCAUGCGGUCAAAGAAAACCAAACCUUGAGAAAUCAAAUCGACAUGAACGAAAUUGAGAAAAGACGAUCACGAGAAAGCUUAAAAAAGCUCACUACCAAGAUUGUGACGGAGAAAGAGAAACUAGACGAAAAUUUUGGCGAAAUGAAAUUCCAAUUGAGAGACCGAUUCGCACUAGAAAAAAGACAAUCUGAAAUUUCCUCCCAAGAGAUAGGUUGUCUUCGAAAGGAGAUCCAUGAAUCUCUUGAGGCUUUCCGCAGUCUUCCCGAAAAAUCAGGCAUUCAUGUGGACGAAAUUCUCGAACCCGGCUGUCUUUAUGCCGGCCUUCAAGAUGCGCGCCAAGCAAUCAAUGUUGCUAAAGAAAUUGAUGAAGACCGGAAGAAAAAGCAAAUGGUGAUUGACAUUCUACGCAAAGAGCUUGAAAACAAAAGUGGUCAGGUCACCGAAAUGUCUCAGAGGAUUCUCGAGCUUGAAAACUUGAAUGGUCAUCAAUCGAUCCAUAUGUCCCGAAUGGAGGAAAGCUGGAAAGAAAAAUCUCAAAACAUUCAAAUGACCGUUCAAAAGAAGGCCGAGUUAAUCCUAGGCCGCUUGGAUGAGAAAUCUUAUUUCGAAGAAGAAAAACUUCAUAGCACAAUUCAAGUCUUGGAAAAACAGUUAUUUUCCCAGAAACAAGAAUUUGCAGAACUUUUCAAGGAUUUCGAAGCCGCCAGGUUGAAGUUAGAGCAAACGGAGCAAUCAUUGGAAAUCGAGCAACAGGACAAUGUCAAGCAUGGACAGGAGGUGUUCAAAUUGAGUAACGACCUGAGUCGCACUGAAGCUAAACGACGCCUUUUGGAAGAGCUGACUUCGCGACUGGCAAAAGAGAAUAUCAAGCUGGAAGAGAGCAAAUCAAAAAUUGAUACAGACAAUACGUCUUUGAAGAAUCAAUACGUCACUUUAUCCGAAGAUUUGAGCUGCCACCAAAAGCUUCUUGUCCAGGCGAACCAGAAUGCUGAUAGCUUGAACUCGAGGCUACAAGAUCAAGAAUCGGUUAUUCUCGGACUCCGAGCUUGCGAGGCUGCCAACAAGUCGAACAACGUGGAUCUUGGCGUUUUGAAAUUGCGAAUCGAGCAGCUGGAAGAGAAAAACUUAGCGUUAGAAAAUCAAAACGCGUGUACGAAUUUAACCCUGUCCGAAUGUCACCUGAAGAUCGAGGACUUGGAGUCCAAGGAAAAAGAAAUGAUCCGGAUUUCCACUCAAGAUUCCAACUCGGCCAGACAGCUGCACCACGAGACUCUAGAUCUGAAGGAGACGAUUCGAAAAGUAGGAGCCAACUUGGAAGAUGUGAAGCAAGAAAACAAUGCCCUUCGGAAGGACAUAUCUUCGAAGGAAGGUCAACUUAUUAUAGCAGCUGGACUUGAAGCUCAACUCAAGGAAAAAGUGCAAGGACUCUUGAAGGCGGUAGAGCAACACGGAAACAACAACAAGGACCUCCAAAGCCGAUUGGACUGUACGCAAACUAAAUGGGAAGACUCAAAAAGUCGAGAGAACCUGCUCAUGGGUCAGGCUAAAAUUCUUCGGGAAAACUUCAACGAAGCGCAAGCAACUCAAAGCGUUCUGAAUCGCGAGAUUGACGAACUUCGCAAGCAAGUGGCCGACCUUGUUGCUAAACAUUCCGAAGCUCAAAUGGUUGGAGAAUUACGUCUCUCGAAGGAAGCAAUUGAUCGGCUCAAUGAAACGGUGAACCAGCAGAUAAAAAAGCGGGAAGAAGUUGAUCAACUUCAGAACGAGCGUCUUGAGAUUGAAAGAAGAUACAUCAACAUUCUGGAAGACACCAAAAGCCUGAAUGGCCUGGUUGGAAAACAUGAAAAAGAAGAAGCAAGUCUCCAGGCAAGCUUGAAGAAGGCCCAAGAAGAGCUCGAGCGUUCUAAGAUUGAAAUGAUGAAUCUCAAAACUUCCCAUGCUGUUCAAGUCUCCACUGCAGCGGAUAUACUUCACGAAACGGAGAAACAAGCUUCUGAAUCUCGAAAGCAAGCCGCGUCUGCGGCUAGGGAAAAGGCGGUAGCCACUUUGGAGCGCAAGUACGAAACGAUGUUAAUGAAUGCAAACAACGAAAAGAAACGAUUAGCGAAGCAAUUAGGCGACAGUGAAAGUCGUUUACUGGCUAUCUCAGCAGAGUUGGCAAAAUCCAAAGGGAAACCUAGCUUGGAAGAGUGUUUUUCAAGUUCUGAGCAUAACGACCCAACUUCACUACCCUUGGCUUCCAAAAUUGAAGAGUCUUCUUCGACUAAGAAACGCAAGGGCGACGAUGACAAGAAGGCCACGAGAGGAAAAAAAUCAAAGUCCAACUUGACUUCGACGAAGAAGAAAGCUUAAAAGCUGGUUAUCUCAACUUGCCCAUUUUCAUGGAUACAUAAAUCACCUUGAACAAUAGAAAAAAUCCCAAGUGUUUCCAACACAUCAAAAACCAG